AUGAAUGCUACACUAUCGCUUUCUGAAUGGGCCAAACCACUAACACUUAAAACUUUCUCGCCGAGGUGUGGGUUUUUUCUAAAACCACAGGUUUUUGGUUCCUUUAAACUACUGCACCGUAAAAGCUACUCGAUCUGGAAUUCGCUUUUAUUAUUAAGGAAAACCAACUUUUUUUUGCGCAAUUCAACCCAAAGUAUGUCUGCAGUAUGUGAUGCUCCCAAGUUUCAGACCAAUGUCAUGCCAAAUGUUCAAGAGUUCUACCGCCGACCAUUACCUCGUCAUUGUAUUCCUUUUAGUUCUCCUGAAGGAAAACACAUAUUUCGCGAGGCUUUAUUGUCUGGACAAAUGGAAGCCUACUUCUCAUUGGCUUCCCAAUUUUGCACACAAGAAGAACCUUCUUACUGUGGACUAGCCAGUUUAGUUAUGAUUCUGAAUGCCUUAGGACUAGAUCCUGGACGUGUAUGGAAAGGACCUUGGCGUUGGUAUCACGAGAGUAUGCUAACGUGUUGUCUACCACGGGAUGUACUGACUAAAGGAAUUACCCUAGAUGAUUUUGUUAAAAUUGCUCGUUGUUACGGUUUAGACGUGGACUUACAUCGCGUUUCUCCUGAUACUUCACUGUCUUAUUUUCGAGAUGUGGUGACCAAAAUGACUUCAGGGUCCUCUGAAGGUUAUCUUGUUGUCUGCUAUAGCCGCAGCGCUUUAGGCCAGACAGGUACAGGUCAUUUCGCCCCAGUAGGUGGUUAUCAUCCUGAUAGAGAACUUGUCUUUCUAUUUGAUACAGCUCGUUUCAAAUACCCGCCUCAUUGGGUUUCUCUAACAAAACUUUGGUUUAGCAUGAACCAGGUGGAUCCUGACACACAACUACCCCGAGGUUUUGUUGUCCUUCGGAAGGCCGCAAUUCCAGUUUCCACAGAACAGCUGGUUAAAGCUCAAAAGGAACUUCGUCUAAGUUUUAGCAAAGAUACAAAUGAUGACCAUGAAGAUCAGUUAGUUAAUGGAUCUGGUUUAUGCUUAUUUGGAAUUUCUGACAGUGCUUACCAAGCUUAUUCGUCUCCAUCUGUCUUACGUGAUCCAAAUUCUACUGGUUACAAGUUGAAAUUAUUGGUAGAUCGAUGGAUUAAUUGGUUAAGAUGUGCUUCAGAAGUUCCCAGUGAACUUUCAACACACUUUUGGUAUGAAACUUUGACAUUUCUGUUUGAUGAGAUCGACCGAUUAAGACCAACUAGUUUCUUUUUUGUGAUUCAUCCUUUCACGACUUCAAAUGCUCAACUAAACAACACUGAUAAUCAGUUUGUAAACUUUUCUACGCAUGAUACAUUACGUGAUCUUGUUGGAUCAACACUGGGUCAUAUAGUUACUGAUUUCAUGUCAAAAAUGAACAAGGAAUACUUAACGUGGUUGACUUCCGAUGGUACUUUCCGUUUGUCUAUCUCAACUCCAGAUUCUUGGACUAGACCCACUAAUGAUUGCCCUUUCACAGUCUUAUCCGAUCCUGGGCUAAGAUUUUGCUUAUUAACAACCAGUUUCUUAUUAGCUUUUCCUUAUGACAAUUUUAUUUCGAAUAAUUUUUUAUUCGAUAAUUCAGUAUCGUCGUGUUUAUCAUCAUCUAAUUGUGCAUCACGCCUUCAGAUAAUGAAGAAAUUAACAGAAGAUGUAAAACUGUUACCUACAACUCUUACUGAAUUACGUUUGCUACGAAAUACACUGCAGUCUUUAAUGAAUACAAACAGAAAUCUCUGGUGUACAGGUUGUGUAGAGCAAAAGUGA